GAGGUUCACUCUUCUGUACUAAACAACGCGCCUUGAUCAUAGGACGAUACUAGAUUUGCCCGUAGCCACAGUAAGAUCCACGAUAGAAACGUUUCUUUUAAAAAUCGCCACUGUUAAAUUUAGUUUAUUGCAAGAUCUUGCCCGAGGGCUAAUUGCAAGUGACAAAAAGUGACAGAAAAACAAUGGUAAACAGACCUAGCUUUGCGUCCAAUUCGGGCCCGGGCAGUCGAACGCUGUCCGAUGAUGAUCUGUAAGUCCGAAUGUGUACUUGCUGUUGACUUCUCUAGACAAUUUUGCUGCAUACAUGACGUGGGUGGCUUCGCGGGUGGGCAUGAGCAGUCGAGCCUUGGAUAUUGAAUAUUCUAGCCUGGUAUCUAGCCGUAUUAUAGCUACCGGGUCUCUUCUAUCAUCUCCGCAAAUAUGGAAAAGACAGAAGAGACUUGGUAGCCAUAAUAGAAUCAUAAUACGGCUGGAUACCAGGCUAUGGACAUUCAGAAGCAAGCAGAGCAAAUGACAUGCAUGUUUGUGACUGAAAUUGUCUGUCUGGGAGAGCAGAUUGGUAAUGGCAAUCCGUGUGAGACGUGAUGUUUUUGACACUGAUAUUUUGGCUCACUGGAGGUUCUUUUAUGACCAGUGUCCAGAAAAGUCACUGAAAACUACUUCGAUCAAUGUCCAUUUUCGACUUUUUUGUUUCUGAAAGCACAUGUGACCAACUACCGACGUAUUGAAGCGGUAAGAGAAAUUCAGGGUGUGUAUAUAAAACGAAACAGAUUAUUAAAUUUUGGUAUCCAAAAAUACGUCACAGUUCAUCAAUAUCCAAAUGAAAUCAAGUUUUCGCAGAAACAAGAUGUUUUCCAUCCCAUGCUGCAUGCGAUAUGCAUCAAGCGUCUCAUCAUGUAUGGCGUAUGUCUAACGUACAGAAAUGUAUAGUUGCAAAAUGCUGCUACCCCAUGGUCUAAAGACAAAAAAAGGACAUAGUUUCAAGUCAACACAGUAGCAGGUCAUACCGUUGUUCAUUAUUCCGAUUCCUACGGCUGUCAUUGAUAGACCCUUCCGAUAAUACUAUAUUUAGUUAAACUGAUCAAGUAUUAAUAUGUAUGUAUGUAUAUAUUUAGGUAGCGUGCGUAGUCCAAUGGUUAGCGGUCCUACCUGUGGAACUAGAAGUCGUGAGUUUGUUUCCGGCUGUGUCGCUCACCCGACAAGUAAUGCUACCAGAAAGGGUUGCAGUCCCUAGGACAUGACGUUUAGUCGUGGCCAACAGUUUAUUGUGCUUGUCGAAAAGAGCUAGGCGAAUUUCCCCGGUACAAUGAACCUGUAACUACUGUAACGUUACAUAGCGGCUGUCCUCUCUGUCACGACAGUGAAAGAAUAGCUCUUCUGUGAGCUAAAACUGGACCUUCCAUUCCACUUUCUACUAUGAUUGAGCGUAUCAACAAGACAUACACAAUACCACACAGAGCGAACAUCUGAGAAUGAAUUUACGUUUUCCUCUACUUAGUUCUUAGCUCGUUGGGUCUUGACGGACCUGGAAACGAUGGCAACGAAGUACUAGUAAUUUGCAUCACAUCUUCAUUUGCAUUAGGUCUCCGAACUCUAGUUAUUUAAUUGCGUAUCGUUGAGUCCUUUUGCUAGCCAAAAUGUUAACUAUCUCAUAUCAGGCAAUUAACUGUACAUCAUGGUGAACUAUGAUGAUGGUGUGAAUGCUGUGAAUGUUUGACUGACAGACGUCGACAGAAUCAGAGGAUCAGGUGAAGUCAACCCUUGUGGCCUUUUGACCUUUGAACCCUACAUAUUCUGUCUUUCGCUCCCCUCCAUUUUAUCCGUAAGUCUGUUUUCCGGCAAUCUACUCGAGAUAUUUUGACUUUCGUGGACAAGACAUCGGCUUGGAAGUUUUAGGAAAUGUCGACUCCCGAAAUCAGAGCUUGCGGUCUGUCCAAGGAUGUGACAUUAGCCGUUCUACCAAGACUGUACUUGGAGGAACUUCUCAUAGAACUGGGCCGGAGAAAUAUCAGCACCGAAUACAGCAGUAGGGAACACCUAGUGACGGUCCUUCGCGACGUAAUUGAAUACGAGUACCGUGCUGCGAAUCCAGAAGCCGUUCAAAAAGCUGUGGAUUAUGGUGUUGCUUGGGGCGAACAACAGCGUAAACGCAUGCCAUUCCCAGCCAAUCCGCGCACAGAAAUGCAACAGUUUGCAAACGAAGGGAACUUCCCGAGCGCGUACGCCCAGACAAUGUCAAGUAUCUGGUCCCCACCAAUCCCAUCCACUCAGUAUAGCUCGACGUCUGUAGAGAAUUCCGCCAACAAAACUGCACGAGAGGAAUACACAAACUUCAGUAUUUUCCCCACGUUCACAGCGAUGCACAAGCCAACUGCAUCAUUCAGCAAGACAAGGCAGGAGAGUAUGGAGGCAAACUUCAAUGUCAAGUCCAAGGAAACUUCUCAUCAGACGGAGAUUGUCAUGGUUCAAGGGCCGCCACCGAACACUGAAGAUGCAACCUGGGAUCACAACAAAUCAGAGACCUUGGAGCAACAUGCUCCCACCAAGAAUGAUACAGCAGUUGGUGGUUGCCCUAAGCCAUCUCAGAGUAAUGACACGAAUGUUGAAGAUUCAGCACAACUUGAGGAUAGUACUUCUGAAGAUGUUAAGGUUUCUAAGAAAAAGCCACAGGAGUCGUCUUUGGUGACCGGAAAACGACGCAGGCCGAGGAAGGCGACACCAACCAAGAGGGGGACGAAAACAAAGAAAAAGAAGUUGAAGAUCGAUGAAGUGUGGUCGGGCUCUGAUGAAGAUUCCGACUUCGCAGCAGUACCCAAGGCCAUCCGCAAAGGCAGUCAGGAUGGUUGUGAGGGUGGCGAAGAAGACGUCUAUCAAUGCCCGCAGUGUGAAUACACCUCCAAGGUCAAAGUCAACAUGCAGCACCACAUCCGGACGCACACCGGCGAGAAACCCUUCAAGUGUUCCGAGUGCGACUACUCGGCCUCCCAGAAGGUCCACCUGGACACCCACAUGACCCGCCACACGGGCGAGCGCUCGUACAUGUGCGAGGAAUGCGGGCACAGGACGGCCUUCAGGUGCAACCUGGUCAGGCACCUGCGGACACACUCGGGAGAGAAACCCUACAAGUGCGAGCUGUGUAGUUACAGGGCGAUCCGACGGACGCACCUGACCAACCACAUGCGAACACACACCGGGGAGAAACCCUUCAUGUGUGAGGAGUGUGGACAUAUGACUACAGACAAGACUAGUCUCAUCAGACACAAGAGGAACCACGCCAGUGACAAGUAUCAUAUGUAAAUUGACUGUAUCUAAUGCUUAAAAUUACAGUUAUGGUCUAUAUUUCAAAUGUUGACUAUUGACAGGAUGUACAUUUUGUACAGGAUCAACAUAAAUUUGUUUUGUACUAUUGACAGGAUGUAUCUGUCAAUAACAAAUUGUUUUGCACUAAUUGGCUGGCUGUUACUGCUCGUUAUUGACAGGAACUGUUGGGAUUCAGUCAGAAGUCAGCUGCAACAAUCAAAGCGUACCUUACAACCUCUUGUGAAUAACGUCUCAUGAUCCUGUCAAGUGUCAACCCCUUUCUCUUAUUAUACAUUCAACCUUUACCCCGAGUUUGAUCCUGUAAAUGGUAACUUUACUCACUACAAAUGUAGGUGCUAUGAAAGAAAUUGUGUCUGAUUUCUGUAGAAUGAGCACAAAGUUUUUUUUAUAUUGUACUUUAUAUACUGUGAUUUUGGUAUAUGUAAGCCAUAUUCUAAAGGUCUCAAAUCAUUAAUUAGAUUGCUGUGCGUAUGGUCUUGUCAGUGUAGUCUGGUAUCCAUCCUAUUCUAACUGUAGAUUUUUCCUUUGAUCACUUCUCUUCUGUAUAGUCUGAUACCCAUAAUAUUUAUAUGGAUGGCACUGGUGACUGGUGUAAAGUAAAUGUCAGCUCCGAGUUGCACAGUCCUUUGUACCAGCAUGGUAGCGCAAUGGUUCAGAGGGCAUCCGGAAUAUUGAUUUCGUUACAUUAUUAAUUAAUAUAUACUAGUGAUUUACAACACAGACAUGUUUGAGUAAGAUUUAUUAUUUUUUGCUUUACAUAACAUAACAUAACAUUGCAUUUACAUUUGUACUUCCAUAGGAAGCAGUGUUCAAUCUUCAUUGUUAAAUAUAUUAUGUGUUUAUUUCAAGAAUACAAUCAAAUGUCCUCGGUAACAAAACAUAUUCCAGAAAUUUCUCAGCAUUCAUUGCUGGUUCCAAAACAAAAGUCUCAAGUCAAAAGUUCCAAUGUCUCUCUCAGGUCCAAACUGAAAAGAGGGCCAAAACUCUAGCCAAACUUUCAAAAAGCUGAACAGAAUUAGCCAGAAACUGUAAUAUGACUUUGUCACAUUUUCUGCAUAAGAAGGUUAACUUUCAACUUACCUGAGUUGCAAGAUACACCCAGUUGCUUUCUGUGGAAGAUAGAAUCUACAGAAUACAUUCUUUGCAACAUGGCUGUAACCUUCAAUUCAAAAUCUGUGAAGAAAUUCCAAUCCUUAGAAAUUAAUGCAUCCAUAAAAUAGCCCUAUGACAUAGAUCUAAUAGUAACAUUGAAAUGUGUAACAUAUUCAACCAAAUAUAAGUGUUUACAAUGCAUUUUUUAUGGAUAACAAAUUAAUAGCUUACAUCAGGAGCUGUACGUCACUAAUAUUUCUCAUUCAAGUCUAUGAAAUACAUUCCAAUAGGUACAUGUACAUCUAGUGAUACAUCACUGAAAAGUCAGAGAGUUUCAAUAUGCAACUCCAACCAAACCAAACCAUAACAAUUCAAAACCUGGCAAGGAAAACAUAAUGUGAACGAAAUGAAAGAACACAAACAUACAGUAGUGCUUACUGUUGUUCGGAAACACACAGGAUAAGCAGUAUCGUUAAUUCAAUGCUGCAAGCAAGCGAUCACAAGUAUUGUCCAUUCAGCUGAACACAACAUCUGAAACAAAGUAAUCGCUUCAACUGUACUUAUAACAGCUCAAGUUUGUCACAACAGAACAAUUCUUUUCACUGAAUGCAAGUUUUCAAAAUUAUAUCUGUUUUCAGAGUUGAGUAGCCCAUUGUAAAUACUUUGAACUGUAAACUGUAUGUAACGCUACCUUACCAACCUCUUUCUAACAUUACAAUGAGAGUGAAUACCUACGUCAUACUCACCACAAGAUUCAAAUUCACAAAUAAACCAUAAUGACAAUAUGCUAUUUACAACAGACGAUAAUUUUGCAACAAGUUACAAUGACAAUAUAAUACAUCAUGAAAUGACAAA